GCGGGCCAAUCGUGCGGCGUCCGACCAAUGACGUAGGCCGCGCUCGUGCAUGCGCAGGGCGGGGAGACCUUGGGGAGGCGGCGGAGACGCUUAGCGGAGGUGAAAUCCUUGGCAGAAAGGAAAGUGUAGCGGCAAGAUGCAGAGCUGGAGUCGUGUGUACUGUUCCUUGGUCAAGAGAGGCCAUUUCAGUCGAAUAUCUCAUGGUGUCCAAGGAGUUUCUGUAGUGCCACUAAGAACUUAUGCAGAUCAACCAAUCGAUGCUGAUGUGACAGUAAUUGGCUCUGGUCCUGGAGGAUAUGUUGCUGCUAUUAAAGCUGCCCAGUUAGGCUUCAAGACAGUCUGUGUUGAGAAAAAUGAAACACUCGGUGGGACAUGCUUGAAUGUUGGUUGUAUUCCUUCUAAGGCUUUAUUGAAUAACUCUCACUUUUACCAUUUGGCCCAUGGAAAAGAUUUUGCAUCUAGGGGAAUUGAAAUGUCCGAAGUUCGUUUGAAUUUAGAGAAGAUGAUGGAACAGAAGAGUAAUGCAGUAAAAGCUUUAACAGGUGGAAUUGCCCACUUAUUCAAACAGAAUAAGGUUGUUCACGUAAAUGGAUAUGGAAAGAUAACUGGGAAAAAUCAGGUCACCGCCACGAAAGCCGAUGGCAGCACUCAAGUUAUCGAUACAAAGAAUAUUCUUAUAGCCACAGGUUCAGAAGUCACUCCUUUUCCUGGAAUUACGAUUGAUGAAGAUACAGUAGUGUCAUCUACUGGUGCUUUGUCUUUAAAAAAAGUUCCAGAAAAAUUGGUUGUCAUUGGUGCAGGAGUAAUAGGUGUAGAAUUGGGCUCAGUUUGGCAAAGGCUUGGUGCAGACGUGACAGCAGUUGAGUUUUUGGGUCAUGUUGGUGGUGUUGGAAUUGAUAUGGAAAUAUCUAAAAACUUUCAACGUAUCCUUCAAAAACAAGGAUUUAAAUUUAAAUUAAACACGAAAGUUACUGGUGCUACUAAGAAAUCAGAUGGAAAAAUUGAUGUUUCUAUUGAGGCUGCUUCUGGUGGUAAAGCUGAAGUCAUCACUUGUGAUGUACUGCUGGUUUGCAUCGGCCGACGACCCUUUACUCAGAAUUUGGGAUUGGAAGAGCUUGGAAUUGAGCUGGAUCCUAGAGGUAGAAUUCCAGUGAAUACCAGAUUCCAAACUAAAAUUCCAAAUAUCUAUGCAAUUGGUGAUGUGGUUGCUGGUCCAAUGCUGGCUCACAAAGCAGAGGAUGAAGGCAUUAUCUGUGUUGAAGGGAUGGCUGGUGGCGCUGUACACAUUGACUACAACUGUGUACCAUCGGUGAUUUACACACACCCUGAAGUUGCUUGGGUUGGCAAAUCAGAAGAGCAGUUGAAAGAAGAGGGUAUUGAAUAUAAAGUUGGGAAAUUCCCAUUUGCUGCUAACAGCAGAGCUAAGACAAACGCUGACACAGAUGGCAUGGUGAAGAUUCUUGGGCAGAAAUCGACAGACAGAGUAUUGGGAGCACAUAUUCUAGGACCCGGUGCUGGUGAAAUGGUAAAUGAAGCUGCCCUUGCACUGGAAUAUGGAGCAUCCUGUGAAGAUAUAGCUAGAGUCUGCCAUGCACAUCCGACCUUAUCAGAAGCUUUUAGAGAAGCAAACUUGGCUGCAUCAUUUGGCAAAUCAAUCAACUUUUAAAUUAGAAGAUUAUAUUUUUCUGAAAUUUCCUGGGGACUUUUGUAGAGGUCACAUUUCUGAACAGGAAAUGCUCACAGCUGCAAAAAUUUCUAGGACUGAAUUAUGAAACUUUUGGAAGGUAUUUAAUAGGUUUGGACAGAAUUGAAGUCUCUUAUCUAUAUUUUAAAUAAAUUUAAUAUUGUUUCACUGCAUUAAUAUCUGCAGAAAAAAGCUGCUUAUAGUAGCUUCCUAGAAAAUUUUCUUCAGCCCAUAUUUUCAUGCUGUUUAUGAAGGGUUUAAUGUCACUGAAUUUAUGUUAAGUAGCUUUUAUCUCUGAUACAGGAUUUACUUACAUGGAUGCAGCUGGAGUAUGGUAUGUGAACAGCUCUGUUUGAACCAAGGUGAUCAGGUUAUUUGAAACUUGGUUUUCACAUUGGAAACAGUCAUUAGAAGAAGUUGGAAACAUGUAUAAACUGAUGUAAAUAAAAAAUGAUGAUCUCAGUUAUUUUAAUCCCCAAUGUCUUGGUGGUUAGAGGUAAAAUUUUUGUUUAGAUUUUUAAGAUUCUGUUGAGGUCUAAAGUAUAGUUAUACAGUUAACCAAAGUAAGGCAGUGUAUAUACAAAAAUCAAGUAUCAGAUGGAGAAGCAAUGUAUUACAGUGGAAAAUGAAGACACGGAAAUAAAUAUGUCUUAAAUAUUCAUUUACUGGUUAUUCUGAGUGGAUGUCAAGAUGGUCCGAUGUUUUUUUGACUACCUCUAGUGUAUAUUUUUCUUUGUUACUCUUUAUUAUUGCUUUUAUAGACCAGGAUAUAUCUUUUCUUUCCACAUUGUAGGACAAUACUAAGGUAUUUAAAAGGUCAUUAUCCUUUCAUCUGUUUUAGCAAUACCUACUAAAUGUUUAGCAUUUAUUUUUGGAGAAGCAACGUAAGGGAAUCUUUAAUAGUCUUUCUUUUCCUAAGUUUAUCCUGGCUGGGUAAAAUUGACUUUUUCUUCAAAGAGUAAUAUUUAUUAAAUAUUUAAAAUUACUGUUUCUUAAAACACUUAAAUAAGUGUUAAAUACUAAAGAGACUUCUGCAUAUUGUGUCAUUCACAUUUAUUCGUCAAAUUGAGUGCACUUGAUGGCAAUUUAAAGGAUACGUAUAUUAAGGAAAGUUUGGAGAAUAUAGUUUAUAAGCAGAAGGCUGUGCAGAAUAAGGUAUCAGUUGAUCGGAGAUUAAAGGAAAAUGUUUAGUAACCUUCAGGUUUUAAUUUAUUUACAUAUAGGUCACAUUUUCCUUUUUUUUCACAUGUCCAGUGGUCUUGAAUUAUAUUACAGUCGUUAUAAAUCAGUACAUUCAAAGACUGGAUUCUGUUACCUCUGGAAAAUAUUGAAUUUUUCAGUGAGCAGUUAACUUGAUUGAACACCAGACUCUUGUCUUUAUGUGUGUGGGAUGGAGGGGAACGCAGCUGAAAUCUCUACUCAAUUGUUUCAGCUUCACUGAGGCUGCCUGAAGUUUGUGCCAUGCACGUGUAGUGCACAGGUGAGUCAGCAGCUGGACGAGGAAUGUGCAGAAUUUUUUAGACCUGUCUUUUUUGGGGUUCUUCCCCUCAUUUCAAUUGCUGUUGUUUUCCCCAAACUCUGUCCUUAACCAGUAAAACUUGGCUUCUGCUCAAGUUGCCACUUCCUGGGAUUUGCCCUCAAGUGAAAAGCUUACCCACCCCCACCCACACCUACUUCUGAUUGUUGUCCAGUAACUUUACUUUUUUAAAAUAUAUUUUAUUCAGAGUUUUCAGUUAAUCUGUAAGAAUGUUGGUCUGAAUGUGCUAUUCCCUAGUAUUGGUAAUAAACUGAAUCUUUUUAAAAUCUGAAA